CAUAUAAUCUACUCAAUAACACAUGGCGACGUAGGGUAGAUAAUGCUUUGCUGCUGAAUAUUAGUUGGUAGAAAACCAUCAUUUUUGGAAUAUCUCAUCCUGUGACAUACUCGACUUUCAACUACACGACAUCACGUCGCCAACAGUUCACAAUGGCGACAAGCACAGAAAAUAGCGUUCUAUCUGAAGGGGCCCUCAUAGAUGCGAAUGCAAAACAUUCACCAACAACUGCAACAACAGCAACAACAGCAACAACAGCAACAACAGCCACAGAAACAGAAACAACAACAACAACAACUGAAAUAACAACAGCAACAACAACAACAACAGAGAGGCCAGAGAAACGCGUUAAGUUCGCUAACUCGGUGCAGGAUUAUACACGGGAUGAAGCCCAUGCGCAUACACACAGUAACACAGGCAGUAACCAUAGUAACUUAAAUAGUCAGCUCAAUAGAGUAGAAGGGGACACAGACCAGGCCACAGCAUCCAUCGCAGCUGGGCAGAUAAUCGACGCACUUACAGCCGACUUCACACUCCAUGCAGACGUGCCCAAAGAAGAUGAGGAUGCCGAUGCAAAGGCCAAGCGAUUAGCCCGGAAACGUAGACUAUGCUCAGUGUGUGGAGAGAGCGCGAGAUAUACAUGUCCUGGGUGUGGUGUUCUUUCUUGCUCGCUUGUGUGUGUUACUAAACACAAGCAGGUUAAUGAGUGUACUGGAAUAAGGGUUAAGACGAGUUAUGUAUCGCUGAACAGCUUUACGGAUGCACAUCUGGCGAGUGAUUACCAAUUCCUGGAAGAUGUGCAUAAAAUGACGGGUAGGGCGGCAAGGGAGGCCCAAUUUAGGCCCAGGGCUGGGCGGAAUUUGCCCCGGAAAUUGCAGAUGUUGUUAAAACAUGCAAAGUUGAGAGGCACGGAGGUGCGGAUUAUGGCUAACGGGAUGAAGAAACGCACGUGCAAUGGUUCGCAUUAUAAUAUGAAGCAUGAUACGAUAUACUGGAGGUUGGAGUGGCUUUUCGAAGCACCUGUAUUAGACACGCGUGUGACUUUAAAGCCGCCUGUGGGUGAGUCAAAGGUCGAUGAUGGGAGUAAUGUUUUGAAUGAGGUCACCAGCGCUGAAAGCGUAGAAAAAGCCGAUGCACAGCCUGAAAGCGAUACGAAUAACGGGACUGAGAUCAAAACAGAAAGUGUUGUAAACGCCGAGGAGACAGGUACACCGGAAGAUAAGCCGUCAACAACACGGGUAGUGUACUCGGGCAUUGAUGAGAGCGUAAGUGACUGUGUAUCCAAUAUCCGUGAACUCUUGAUAAACCAAAUAAGUGCAUUGAAGACAGUUCGGAACCAAGCCACCAGAAAUGCUGUGGUAGACUCGUAUGCAGCCGUGGAUGUGGAUCAGCUGUUGGUGUGUGCGAAGGUCAACGGACGGGCCAGUAAUAGCGUUCGCUACCAUCGUUUGCAGUUAGAUACUACACUCAAGGAAGCCCUGAAGGGUGUAUCCCUGGUAGAGUUUCCCAGUCUCAUAGUGGUGUUGCCAGAGCAACAGAGCGAGUAUAAUAUAUUAGGGGAGGUGCUAACAGGGGAGAGCGAAUCAGAAAGUGAGAGUGAGUCCGACAGCGAGUCGGAUUCUGACAGUGAAUCCGACAGUGACUCAGAGAAUGAGGGUUGCGUACAGGAUAGUAACCGUAUGGGGAGUGAGGUGAAGCUAGAGGAGAAUGCGAGUACAAUGCAAUGUGACGGAGUACAGCAGGAUGGGGAUACGUCGCAUUUUAAAGGUGAGGAUAUAGUCGAAGAUGCCGAGGUGGGGGAGAGUGGAAAUUGAAUCAUAAGUGUUACAUAGUAGAAUUCAUGCUAUAGGGUAGUACACAUACUUGAUUCGGAGGAUGGUGAAAGAGUAGCUCAUAGUUCGGCUAAUGUUCAAAGUUUGGACAAUUUGCAAGCUGGAAAAUGAACAUCAUGUUCUAGGCGAUGCAGUAAUUGACUGAGUUGAGUGGACUAAGAGUACUGCCACCGCAAUGGAAAUCAGAGGCCAUUUCAAACUAUUGUAAGGUUUAGGUAUAAGAACGAGAAAGAUUAGAAAUAAAUUAAAGUAGAAUCGUGG